AUGGGGGCGGGGCCUGGAUCCCCGGGCCCACCAACCAGAGAUUGCUUCAAAGUGGACCUCCAAACCACUUUCUAUGGCCGUACCAACACCAGCGAACCUCUCCAUAUCAUCCAUCUGAUCCUGCUCUUCAAGGAGAACUUCAAGGGAUCUACAAUGACUGUUCAGGACAGGCUAGAUCUCUUGAAUCGGGUGCGGCAGGAGUUUCCUCACAUCUGCACCCAACAACUCUCCAGGAUCCAGAAGAUUAUCCAUGACACGUUGGCCAAGCUCCUCGGCUCAUCUCGACCGGCCAGAAAAGAUAGAGAAGCUAUUAUGAAAUCUGCAGUGCCUUCCAUCAAAUCAUCUAUCCAUAAGAUCAUUAGCCACAGUGCAAAUGAUACAUUUAGACGAAGGUGUUUCGAUGCUUUGCAGGCCGAUACAUGCAUGGAACUGACCGACCGAUUAUCUGACCACCUCAAGGUGCUGUGUGAAAGGCCCAACGGUCAAUACAGGAAUUUUCAUUCUCAGAGUGCCGUCGGCAGCCAGGGUCAAUUUCCUUGCGAGGGUGAUGAUGAGGAUGGGAGCAAGAUCCCAUCGGAUGACUUCAAUCUGGUCUCGUCCUCCUCCUCCUCCUGGAUGCCUCAAAAAAGUGCCCAAGAAACGGUCUUGACAGAGGAAAAUGAAGAUGAUGCGGAUUUCGAUCUCCUGGAUGAGACGAGACCUCCGCCCUCUGACUCUGUAAGAGUGAGCCAAAGUGGUAUUCCUGCAAGCCACAAGGUGUCCCAUCCAUCAUCAUGUCAAGAGCCUAACCAAGACCAUUCAGCCUCAUUCUUGAAGACUCUGCCAAACAAACCAUCAAACUCUAUGUUGUCCCAGGUGUCUCUACCAGGUCGGCUUCCUUCAUCACUAGAGGAGGGGCAGGCGAGGCCUUCAGGAAUGGGACAAUUAGACCCACGGUUUUCAGAAGCAAGACCAUCAACAUCAAUGACUUCGGAAGCAAGGUUGUCAUCAAGAUUGUUAGAAACUAGAAAAUCGGCACCACAGUUUUCAGAAGCAAGGUUGUCAUCAUCAUCAUCAUCGAGGCCGUCAGAAACUAGGCAAUCGGCAUUACAGUUUUCAGAAACAAUGUCAUCAUCAAAGUUUUCAGAAACAAGAUCGUCAUCAUCAUCUUCAAAAUUUCCUCAAGUGAGUCAUCCAGGAUCAAACAAGUGGACUUCAGUCUCACCUUCGUCAGCAGAGGAAAGAAAGAAGAGAUCUUUAGAAAGGUGGCCAUCAGCACAACAGUCUUCAGAAGCAAGGAUGCCAUCAUCGUCAGAACUUUCCAAAGUGAAUCCUCCAGCAUCAAGCCAGUGGACUUCAUGCCCGUCUACACUAUCAUCAUCAGAAAUCCUACGUCAGUAUCAGACAUGUGAUGGUGACAGCAAGCAUACAGAUGGGAUGAGUGCUUCAUCAGGGAAACCUGAGGCAAGACUAGUCCUUGGCGAUGCGGAGGAAGAUGGGGUCAAAGACAAUGAUGUGCAGGUGAUGCAAGAGCACCUUGCUGGUGAGGUGGGUAACGACUGGUUUGAGACGCUGAUGGAUCAUGAUGACUGGGUGCAUAGUGAGAUCUGAUGGCAUUGAUGCUAGACAUCUUGACAGACCUGCGAUGUCAAUCAACCUACCCAGACAUCUUUUAGUCAUUCACAGGGACCUCUCUAGUCCGUGGACAUCUGCUUCUGAUAACCUCUUCACGACAUUCCAUUCUCGCAGAAUCGGUCUCUCUUUUUUUCUCUUUCUCUAUUUCACUCUUAUUCCUCUUUCUCUGUGACAAAAAAUUAUUGAAGACAUGUUUAAUGUGUCAGCAAUAUGUUUCUCUUGUUCAAGUUUUUUACAUGGGUGCUGAGUACAUAUGUUGAGUGUUCUUUGACAUUAAAGAGCAUUAAGAAAUAUACUGAGAGUGAGCACAUGCAACUUAUACCCUUUUUACACAGGAUUUUCUUAACCCCGGACUAUCGCUAACCCCGUACUAUCCUUAACCCCGUACUAUUUUUUUUCCUUUUUACACAUGCCACAUUGUUAUUGCUAACCCCGGAUAAGGAAUGCUUGCUUUUUACACACGAAACUCGCUAACCCCGGACUAGUGGUUUUUGUCGAUCAUUCGUAGUACAAGUACUUCACUCGUACCAUUUUACACACGCUACAAUUUCCUUAACCCCGUACUAUAGGUGGGGCCAAAUUGCCAUUUAGCCCCACCUAUAGUACGGGGUUAAGCUUAGCCCACUUUCGUUUUACACUAGCGAUCUUAACCCCGUACUAUCGCUCUUAGCACCGCAAUUGCUGGGAUAACCCUGCUUUUUUGCAGGGCCAAAUAAUCCCGUACUAAAGGUGGGGUUAACCCACUUUGCAAAAAUGCUGUGUAAAAAGAAAGUGGGCUAAGCUUAACCCCGUACUAUAGGUGGGGCUAAAUGGCAAUUUAGCCCCACCUAUAGUACGGGGUUAAGGAAAUUUUAGCGUGUGUAAAAAGGGUAUUUAUGUAUAUCUGGCAAUUCUGGCAGCAUUACGCAUGUCAGAGCUUGGCGCUUUUUCCCUCUCUUUCUUUUGCAAUUUACCAAGUGCUCGGAACAUCUUGCCACUUAAUCAUAUAAAGGGAAGUUUUCAAUUAAAGGCUAUGCAACUAAUUAUUUUGUGUAAGGAUGAGUCAAGUAGGCAGGUGGGAAAUUAAUUAUUUAAAAAAAAUUGUGGGAGGUUUUUUUUUUUUUACAAGUCAUAAUUGUGUUGUAUCAUUUUUUGCAUUGUACUGCAUGCACUGAUGGUCUAUUGAGCUACUUCAAGAAAUAUGAUAUUUAUUCAGCGAAUGAUUUCAAACAGAGCUUAAUAUACUUGUAUGCAUGGAUACAUGUAUAACUCGAAAAGCGUUUUACUUUAAGCUGAAUGGAAAAGAAAUGUUUAUGGUGGAAGAAAAAUUUUCAUUAAAUUAAAAGCUUUCCUAA